UUUUGAAGGAAGAGUAUUAUGGUUUGCAAUAGAUUUGGAUCUGAAGUAGAGUAUAUCUCCGAUCAAGACAUCAGACACAAACCCAAGAAGAACCAACUACAGACACACAAAACGAUGGACACGAACAACGAGCCAGCCAACCCCCCCACCAAGGAACCUGGGACAACACCGAAAUCAAUCACCAAACCGAGGAAGCUGAUCAUCUCGAACGGUCAUCUCCAGGCGUUUAUCGACUCGGUCACUCAUGCCGAGGUGGUCGACUUCAUCGAGAGCUUGAAUCAAUCUAUCAUCGGUCUUCCCCUCGAUCAUCCUCUCCCGCUUUCAGAUAAUAUCGACAGGUUACUUGAGAUUCUGGAAAACAUUAAGAAUAUCGCUCUCGCACAUCCGCCGGUUGAUAACAAAGCAUCCAGAUUUGGAAACCCAGCGUUUCGAGAAUUUUAUGAUCAACUGGAUCAGGGAUCGGAAGCUCUACACAGUUCACUUGCCAUACCGGAAGACAAACGCGUAGAACUAUCGACUUAUCUUACUGAGUCAUGGGGGAAUCGGUCGCGGAUCGAUUACGGAAGUGGAAUGGAAUUGAACUUCCUUUGUUGGCUACUUUGUCUGAAGAAAUUGAAAGUGUUUGGGUCUGAGGAUUAUCCGGCUGUUGUCUUGAAAGUGUUCUGGAAAUACAUUGAGGUGAUGCGCUAUUUGCAAUCGACAUAUUGGCUGGAGCCAGCAGGCUCGCAUGGAGUUUGGGGUCUGGAUGAUUAUCACUUUUUACCGUUCCUGUUUGGGGCCGGUCAGUUAAGGAAUCACAAGUAUCUCAAGCCGAAAUCGAUCCAUGAUCCGGAUGUAUUAGAAGGCUUUAGUCAUCAAUAUAUGUACUUAGCCUGCAUUCAAUUUAUCAACUCUAUCAAGACGGCAAGUUUACGUUGGCAUUCUCCGAUGCUAGACGACAUUUCUGGAGUCAAGACUUGGGAUAAAGUCAAUUCAGGGAUGAUUAAAAUGUACAAAGCAGAGGUCCUUGCGAAGCUACCCGUAGCCCAACACUUUCUAUUCGGCACUCUGCUUCCUUUCCCAGAUGGUCAUAUUCAGGAGGUCGAAAGUAAGACAGACGGAUCUUUAGUUGUAGACCAUGCUGGCCAUUUACAUGUCAAAGGUCAGCAAGGUUGGGGGGAAUGUUGUGGGAUCCCUAUUCCCAGUAGCUUUGCUGCUGCCACUGCCGAAAACAAAAACCCUGCGAUUAGAAGGAUCCCUUUCGAUUGACAAUUUGUUUUCAAAAUUUCAUGAUCGUUAUUCCUGGUCACGCGUACAAACUUGAAAAAUGUCACCUUUCAUGAGAAUGGAAUUGUAGAUUGACCGGUUUGUAUCUUGAUAGUUUGUAUGUAACAUUUAAAUGCAAAAUAGCAAACAAAACAAAAUAAUCAACAAAUGAUCUUGCAAGUUUAAAUUGAAAAAGGAAAGAAAAAUCAGGUGGGAAAAUUCUUAAUGAAAUUUUCGAAUUUAGUAGGUAGGUCCGCAGCAUAAACAACCACUAGUAUACAAACACAAGUAGAAAAAAGAGGUAGUAGAGUGAACAUUGGGAGGAGGUUGAGCAGUAACGGUUCAAUAAUCACUAUGAGAUCGACAAAACUAUCUGUUUGGGUCGAGUGGGAAUCGGAAAAUUUAUCAAAAUUAGGGGUGAUAGUCAAGUUGAAAAAAGCAGGGUUAGAAGAAGAAAUGGUUAUGAGGUCUGAGGGAGAAUGAUCGAGGUCCAGAUGGAGGUCGACAUGGUCACUUGCGUCCCAACUGAACCGGACUGAGAAUCGCUGUUCCUCUAGGGGUGGUGCUCCAAAGAAGCGUCGCAGAGCGUUGGCUGAAUGGUCGAUCGAAUUGGAAAACGGGUCAAAGAGUUUCUCUUUCGCUUGGCCAGUCGACCGACGGAGUCGUUCGUCCAUGGGUACAAUCAGAAACAGAUAUGAAAACUUCUGGGGAUCCGUUGUUCUGCUUAAUUUCAGCCGGAGCCGGGAUGAUCUGUUUGGCUUGAUGGAGACCGUCUCGGUUGACUCAGUGCUUGGUUCUUCCUCGGUUGAAGUUCUUCCCCGUUGGCCAUCUUCAAGUCUAUCGCCAGAUUCCUUGAUGAUUCCUCUAAUCCGUCCCUCCCA